GAACUGGAGAGGCAGAAAACGCUGUUGUACACUUCCGACCUGAACAAUACUCCAAAACCAGCAGACCAAGCUGCAGGGACUGGCAUGACCCCUGCGAGUGAUCCAGUCAAGUCCGCUCCUCACAAGAAGCAACGGCUUCAAAGUGACGUGGAUCCGAUCACGCCUGUUGACCUGUUUGGCGCCACGCCAGCUGCAGAUGGGUCCAAGACUGGUGAGCAUUCCGACAUGUCACGUGAUCAGUCCACGUCACAACAUCCUCGUGAAACGGAGGGUGUGGACGGGAGUCAGGUCCUCCGUGCUACGACGCGUCAAGAGCUUGCCCAUCUCAGUGUGGACCAGCUGCAGGUUGAGUUUCUCCGCUUGUCCCUCCAUGUCUCUGACUUGGAGUCUGAGCUUCACAGCAAAGAGGAGCGUAUUUCAUCGCUGGAGGUUGAUGCGAUGAAUGCUCAAGGUCUCGAACAGGAUCAUGAUGCGAUUCCCGAGUUGUCAGCCGAUGCGCAGCGGAAAAAGCUGGACAGGUUGUGCAAACGCCGGAGCAAUGGAUCCCUCAUUGUACCGAAGCACGUGCGUGCAAAAUGGUUGCAGGGCGGGGCUGCGAGGCAGGAGCUUCGAAGCCUCCUGGUCGAGGCAAACUAUGACCAUCAAGAGUUCGUGAAACUCGUGGAGGUUGAAAGGGAGCGGAAGAAACAGCUAGAUGUCAAGGUGGAAGGAGACUUUUACACAGAGGAAGAUAUGCCUCGCAUCAGUGAGAUCAAAGCCUACUGUGCCGAGAAUCCGGCCUUGCUGAUGUAUGACACUUACAAUGGCAAAACUAUCAAGUAUUGGUGUGAGAAGAAUUGCAGCGCAAGCAUGCUGAAGUCUGAAGCCUUGUCUAGCUAUGAGCGGGUAAGUGCACGAGUCGUUUCGGAUACUCCGGAUGAGCUGCUGGGAUCUACAGACCCGAGGGCGACGGCUGAGCUCCCAGCGCUGGAGGGAGGGCAGAAAGCCAGCGCUGUCAUCGAGCAAUACCUGCAGGGUAUCAUGAAAAAGUCUGUCAAGAUGGCCGACCUGCGGGAUAAGAUCUCUUCCAUUAGUCCUGCAGACAAACU